AUGGAAUCUUUCCCCAAACUUGCAGCUCCCUCUGUCGAGCAACAUCCAACAGGGUUUGGAGUAGGAUCAGCCACACCUCGCAUAUCGUGGCGCUUUCUCACCCCCAACACAACUGUUCAAGAAUGGGCACAAAUCGCAUACGAAGUCGAGAUAUCUCGCAACAACUCCAAUGACACAUACCAUGUCGAUAGUGCAGCUUCAGUCCUGGUUCCUUGGCCAGGUGAGCCACUGAACUCGCGCGAUCGUGCUCAAGUCCGAGUGCGGGCCUUCGGUAAAUCUUCGGGUAUUGCCCAGAGUCAGCCCACCGACUGGUCGCCGUGGACUCAAGUGAAAUGCGCAUUGCUUUCCCGCGCUGAUUGGACUGCUGUUCCGAUCGCAAGCUCUAUCUCCGAAUUACAGGAUGGUCCCUUGCGGCCUGUUCGUUUCCGCAAGGACUUCCACCUUGAUCAAGAAGACGUCGAAAAUGCCUGCCUCUAUAUUACAAGUCUCGGAGUGUAUAGAGCCUUUGUCAACGGUCAUGAAGUAGGUGACCAAUGUAUGGCUCCGGGUUGGACGAGCUAUCGGCACCGUCUCAACUAUCAAGUCUACGACGUUGCCCCGCUUCUCGCCAAGGGGCCAAAUGUGAUUGCUGUGGAGGUCGCUGAAGGCUGGUAUGCCACCCGCCUUGGAUUCAAGGGAGGAGAGCGCCGGAUCUACGGCGAUCGCCUUGCUGCCCUCGCCCAGCUUGAAAUACACAACGGAGAUAAUUCUCAAUUCAUCAUUCCGACCGACUCGACGUGGGGUUGCGCUCCAAGUGCCAUUGUCAGAAGUGAGAUUUACGAUGGGGAGGUGUACGACGCGCGAGAUGAGAAUGGGAGCUGGAACACACCAUCAUCGGAGGCAGAUACUACCUCUUGGGUGCCUGUUGAGGAGUUACCCUUCCCGUCUGCUCAACUCGUCGCUCCGGAUGCACCGCCUGUCCGUGUCACGGAAGAACUCAACCCAGUGGAUGUGUUGCAAUCUCCGUCGGGCAAGACUAUCCUAGAUUUUGGUCAAAAUCUUGUCGGGCGCAUCCGCAUCAAUGCUGUUACAAAGCCUUCGGGGGCCCGUUUGGUGCUUCGACACGCCGAAGUUUUGGAACAUGGCGAACUCGGCAUGCGCCCAUUGCGAUAUGCCAAGUGCACCGAUGAGAUCAUCUUUGCUGGAAACGAAGUCACCAACUGGUCACCGCACUAUACUUUCCAUGGGUUCCGAUAUGUCCAAGUUGACGGCUGGGGCGAUGAGGAUGCAGACUUGCUGGAAAGUCUGACAGCAUUAGUCCUGCAUACCGAUAUGGCUCGGACAGGCUGGUUCGAAUGCUCUCACCCGAUGGUCAACAAACUCCACGAAAACGCAUUAUGGAGCAUGCGCGGCAACUUCCUUUCUAUUCCCACUGAUUGUCCCCAGCGCGAUGAGAGACUCGGGUGGACCGGAGACAUUCAGAUCUUCACCCCAUCUGCCAGCUUUUUGUACAACACUGCUGGAAUGCUUGGUGAUUGGCUCAAAGACGUGGCAGCAGAGCAGCUUCUCGAUCGGGAUGGCUGUGUUCCUCCUUUCGUCGUCCCAAAUGUCAUAAGCGAGGCUCUGUGGCCACAUCUCCCACAGGCGAUAUGGGACGACGUGGUUGUAUUGACUCCCUGGGACCUCUAUUCUUCAUAUGGCGAUAUCGAUUUGCUUCGUCGGCAGUACCCAAGCAUGCUUGCUUGGAUUGACCGUGGUAUCCGGAGAGGACCGGACGGGUUAUGGGAUCCAACGUUGUGGCAGCUGGGCGACUGGUUAGAUCCUACCGCUCCUCCAAUUGAGCCAGGUGACGCGCGCACAAACGGAACGCUGGUCGCAGACACAUACCUUGUCCAUGUCACGUCGACCAUGGUGAAGAUCUGUGAUGUCCUCGGGCACCAGGCCGACGCAGCUCGCUACCGCGAGGACGCCAGACGACUCAAAGCCCAAUUCCAACAAAAGUAUAUCGCCCCAUCCGGUCUCUUGGUCGGAGACACACAAACAGCUCUGAGUCUUGCAAUCAUGUUCGAUCUUCAGGAAACCCCUGAGCAGUUGGAGGUAGCAGGAAAUCGACUCGUCGACUUGGUCCGGCUGGCCAAAUUCCGAGUCGCCACUGGGUUUGCUGGCACUCCGAUCAUCACCCACGCACUUACCAAAACUGGUCAUCAUCAGGUCGCGUAUCGCAUGUUGCUGGAAAAGAAUAGACCUUCCUGGAUGUACCCCAUCACCAUGGGGGCCACGACGAUGUGGGAAAGAUGGGACAGCAUGCUUCCGGACGGAUCGAUCAAUCCCGGCGAGAUGACUAGCUUCAAUCACUAUGCUUUGGGGUCUAUAGUGAACUGGUUACAUUCCACAGUUGCAGGUGUAAGGCCCAUGUCACCAGGAUGGAAAGAAAUUCGCGUUGAGCCGAUCCCCGGCGGAACAAUCGAUUCGGCAUCGGCGGUGUAUGAGACGCCGUAUGGACGACUGGAGUGCCGAUGGAAGGUACUAGUUGCAAAUGACCGGUUCGAAAUGGAGUUGGUGGUGCCUGUAAACUCGACGGCUGUUGUUGUCCUGCCCAGUGAUCGACGCCAGCGUGCUGGUAGCGGGAGUGGGGUGCGUGUUGGAUCAGGUCUUCAUCGCUUCGAGUGUCAGUGGGAGGCGCGCGAGUAUCAACGUGGAUGGCCUCCACAGGCGAUCAUCCCCAUCAUGCGAAAGCCAGGCCCGGAUAGUAUUGCCUGA